ACACAGCAGAAGGAUCCGGAUAUGACGUCUAGGAUAUUGCGUAUUGGUGACGUUCAAAAUGGCGGCGUUCGCGUCCUUGAUGCUCAAGUCCAGAGCAGGUGUGCUGGUUUCCAGUCAGAACUGUCUGCUGGACUCUUUGAGGUUUGCUUCUAAGAAGGCCGGAGGCAGCAGCAAAAACCUCGGAGGGAAGAGUCCUGGUCGGAGGUUUGGUUUUAAGAAAUUGGACGGUGAGUUUGUCCAUGCUGGGAACAUCCUUGCAACACAGAGGAAGAUGAGGUAUCACCCCGGAGCACAUGUUGGCAUGGGAACCAACAAUACCAUAUUUGCACUGGAGGAUGGCUUGGUCAGGUUCACCAAAGAGGUCUACAUCCCCCCUCCCCGAACCGCUGAGGUCACCAGAGUCAUCACCAAGCUGCCCAAAGGAGCCGUGCUCUACAAGACCUUCAUCAACGUGCUGCCAGUGAAACAGGAGGGGAAAUUUAAACUGGUGGACCUGGUCUGAAGAGUGUGAGCUCAGUGACGACUCAUUCACAGAACAAUAACAGGAAGUCAAUGGACUGGAUAGACUCUGAUUGGCUGUCUGUUUCUGCUUAUACUGACCGUCCCGCUCUGACUCCCUCUGGAACUGAACAGAAAGAACAAACCUCCCUGAAGAACUAACUUUUAAACACAUACUGUUGUAUUCAGAGCUGAUUCUCAUUGAAAAAGAGGUUUUUCUGUCAGCAGCGUAUUUAUUACAGCUCCAGAAUAAUUGCAGAUGAGACAGAUUAGAGAGAUGUGGCAUUUAAUUCAGAUUUCUCUCCAUGUUAAGGUCAUUUCUGAGCCUUGGAUUAGUGGUAAUAAAAUAUUCUAUGUAAAA